AAACUGAGAAGUUUUGAUAUUUUUCAAAGGAAAGUAAUUAAAGACACAAUGAUUAAUAAUAAGUCUUACCUGGUGGAAAUGAAGCCAUGUUUUCUCUUCACUGUUGUCACUGCACAGGUGAGAGAUGAAUGCUAAAACUGCAACAAACAUGUUGCUUUUUAUAGCUCAACAGAUGACACGCCUCCUGCAGUAUUAUACAGUCAGAGAACAGCAGUCUGCAGGCUUUAGACAGUGUCACACAGAGUUAUGCUUCAACAGACCGAACAACUUCCACUCACUGUUAUUCGUUCAAAUCCUGCAUCAUGGGAAACUUUUUCAGCAAAUGGCAAGACGGAAGCAACGAGACUAAAGACAGACAACCGGCGGCAGACAAUAUGAGCUUCCUGAUGAAGUGCGUGGGAUUACAAUGUAUAACAAGACCACACACUGAUGAGGCAAAGACAGGAAGACACACUGGCACCACAGUGAACCUUGUUCUUCUGGGAAUGGCUGGGACUGGAAAGAGUGCCAGUGGGAACACCAUCCUUGGACAGAAACACUUUGUUUCUAGACCCAGUUCAACGGCCGUCACCACAAAUUGCCAGAAUGUACAAACUGAGAUCAGUGGUGUAGACGUAAAUGUGAUUGAUACCCCAGAUAUGUUUGAUGAUGACAUUGCUCCAUCAGUUAGGGACAAACAUGUGAAAAGGUGCAAACAACUCUGGGAGUCAGGACCAUGUGUGUAUGUACUUGUGAUGCAUGUGAGCAGAUUUACAGAUGAUGAGAGAGACAUAAUGGAAAAGUUAGAAAAAGCUUUUGGGAGGGAAGUUAGAGGACGAACAAUCAUCCUGUUCACCCGAGGAAACGACUUGCAGCAGGCAGGAAUGGGCUUGGAGGAUUUUCUUCAUUCUUGCCAACCUGAUCUGAAGAAAAUGGUUGAAAAGUGUGGAAACAGGUGUGUUCUCUUUGAGAACAACAAAUCAGGUCCUGAUCAGGUUGAAAAACUAAUGAAGGUGGUAAACACAAUACUCAAAGACCAGAAUAAUGUAUAAAUUGAAGUGCUUGGAAAUUAUUAUUUUUUUUGCAUAUAUGUAAAAAUAGAGCAUUGAGCGAAUCACUAUCUUGAAGAGGUAGAUGAUCUAAUACAGCUACAAAUGUGAAUCUAUGGUGUUUUCUUUAAUAAAUUUCAUUUGACUUAACACACAGAUGAGAAGAAUGAUCUGAUAUUUUUUCUUGGACUUCUGUCAAAGGAGGCAAUGAAAGCUUGUUAACCUUUGUAAACUGGAACUAAUUCAAUAAAACUAAAAUUUUCAGUACAAAGUG